UGUUUUGCCAACCAUGGCAUCUGGAGAUGACAGUCCUAUCUUUGAAGAUGAUGAAAGCCCUCCUUAUAGCCUGGAAAAAAUGGCAGAUCUCGUAGCUGUUUGGGACGUUGCUUUAAGUGAUGGAGUCCACAAGAUUAAAUUUGAACAUGGGACCACAUCAGGCAAACGAGUAGUAUAUGUAGAUGAAAAGGAAGAGAUAAGAAAAGAAUGGAUGUUCAAAUUAGUGGGCAAAGAAACCUUCUACGUUGGAGCUGCAAAGACUAAAGCGACCAUAAAUAUAGAUGCUGUCAGUGGUUUCGCUUAUGAAUAUACUCUGGAGAUCAAUGGGAAGAGUCUCAAGAAGUAUAUGGAGAACAGGUCGAAAACCACUAAUACUUGGAUGUUACAGAUGGAUGGUCAGGACUUCCGAGUUGUUCUGGAAAAAGACACUAUGGAUGUAUGGUGCAAUGGUAAGAAAAUGGAGACAGCAGGCGAGUUCGUGGAUGACGGGACGGAGACCCACUUCAGCCUCGGGCCCCACGAGUGCUACAUCAAGGCCGUGAGCAGCGGGAGGCGCAGGGAGGGCAUCGUCCACAGCCUCGUUGUGGACGGCCAGGAGGUCCCGGCGGCCGCGUGCCAGUGAGCGUCCCGGGGUCGAGAUCCGGGCUGGCAAUCACUGUGGCAACGAAACGUGCUCCGCGUGGACUCUCAGCACACUUAGUCUGCCAAUGGUUUUAUUUUUAGUGACCUGAGACGAAGAUUCCAGGGGUCAGGGGAAAAAACAACAAACUAUGUGCGCUCAUCAAAGUUCCGAUUUAUCAUGUAAAUAAUGUCAGCUGUUUUAAAGCCAAAUGGAAAAUACGAUAUGGACCAACAUCACUGUUUCGCUACAGUAGCUUUUACUGUAAUAAACACUCUAAAAUAAA